UCUCUCUCUCUCUCUCUCUGAGCAGUCUAUCUGUCUAUGCCGCUGUGCACACGUGUACAUGUAGUUUAUUGUGAAAGCGAUUCUGGUUAAGAAGCGUUACUCAACGCGCAGCUGUAGACUACGUUACCCAUAAUGCACCGGCGUCGGCUUCCAAGCUGGCUGACUGCUCUCGAGGCAGCGUUUCUCAUUUAAACAAACAGCAACGGAAGAUGGCGGAGACAGAGACGGAGACGGAGCUGAAAUAGAAAGCAGCAAACGAGCAGAAGAGAAGAAGAGAUAUUUCUGUUUGUCGGAGGAGGUGAAAACUGAGCCAAGGCAGUGUGUGUGUGAGCGACGGAGUGUGUGUGUGUGUGUGUGUGUGUUUGGACGAGCGGAGGAUCACUGCAUCUUCUCUCCGAUCUGUCACAAGGAUGUGAAGCUCGACAAAGCAGAAGCUUGUAAUAAAACACUGCUGAAGAGGUGCUGAUAUGUGUAGAAGAUGAGCGGUGUGGGGGAAAACUCCAUGGAGCCUCUGUGCCCCGAUCGCAAACGCAGUCUAUCCACCUGCGACACGCCCGGCCUCGGGUGCGAGAAGCGGCGGCGAGAGCAGGAGAGCAAAUACAUCGAGGAGUUGGCCGAGCUGAUCUCGGCCAACCUGAGCGACAUCGACAGCUUCAACGUCAAACCGGACAAGUGCGCCAUCCUGAAGGAGACGGUGCGGCAGAUCCGACAGAUCAAAGAGCAAGGGAAAGCCUCGUCGAGCGAUGACGACGUCCAAAAAGCCGACGUGUCCUCCACGGGUCAGGGGGUCAUCGAUAAGGACCACCUCGGACCUCUGUUACUCCAGGCACUGGACGGCUUCCUGUUUGUGGUGAACAGAGAGGGGAGCAUCGUGUUCGUGUCCGAUAACGUCACUCAGUACCUGCAGUACACGCAGGAGGAGCUGAUUAACACCAGCGUCUACAACAUCCUGCACGACGACGACCGAGACGACUUCCACAAGAACCUGCCUCGGAAUAACGUGAACAGCAUGGCGUGGGGAGGAGAAGCUCCUCGACAGAAGAGCCACACCUUUAACUGCCGCAUGCUGGUGAAGUUCGGCGCCGGUCCGGCCGAGGAGAACCCCGGGACGCCCCGCUACGAGACCAUGCAGUGUUUCGCCCUCACACAGCCGAAAGCCAUGAUGGAGGAGGGAGAAGACCUGCAGUCAUGUAUGAUCUGCGUGGCACGACGUGUGACUACGUUGGAGAGAACAGAGAGCUUCAACACCAAACACGAUCCCUCAGGCAAACUGAUUCAGAUAGACCAGAAUUCCCUGCGUGCCUCCAUGCGUCCAGGUUGGGAGGACCUGCUGAGACGCUGUAUACAGAUGUUUUUACAGCACAGUGAUGGACAGCCCUGGUCAAAUAAACGGCACUACCAUGAGGCCUAUCUUCAUGGUCAUGCAGAGACCCCCGUGUACAGAUUUUCGUUAUCAGAUGGCACCCCAGUCACAGCGCAGACCAAAAGCAAGCUCUACCGCAACCCGAUGACCAACGAGCCCCAGGGCUUCAUAUCUACCCACCUGUUACAGAGGGAGCCCAAUGGCUGUCGCACCAACCAAACUGGGGGCAUGAGGCAGCAGGGCAUGGGGGGCGCUAACCCCAACGGCCAAAUGAACAUGGGUCCUGGUGGAGGCAUGGGGAUGGGGGGCAUGAGUGGUAUGGGAGGGAUGGGUAUGAAUCGGGGUUAUGGCAUGAAGGACAUGGGGCACAUGGGUCACAUGGGUGGUGGGGGGUCCAUGUAUGGGGGCAGCAUGGGCAAUCGAAUGAUGCAGAUGAAUCAGAUGAGUCAAAUGGGUCAAAUGAAUCCAAUGAAUCCUAUGGCUCAGAUGAAUCCGAUGAAUCACCCUGGUCCUGGGAUGCAGCAUCAGCAUCAGCAGCCUCUGUUCCAGGCCUCGGGAGGCUACGGGCUCGGAGGCACGAAUAGUCCGUCUCAAGGCAGCCCGGGUCUAAACGGACCUCAGCAGGGUCUCCUCAUGUCUCCACGCAACAGAGGAAGUCCAAAAAUGGCGUCCAGCCAGUUUUCUCCAGGAGGCAUCCAUUCUCCCAUGGGUCCGGGCAGUGUAGGAGCUUCAUCGGGAGGUGGAGGUGGAACCACCUUUUCCAGCAGCUCUCUCAAUGCUCUUCAGGCCAUCAGUGAAGGAGUAGGCGCCUCCCUGCCAUCCACCCUGACGUCCCCUUCUACAGCACACAAACCCGACUGCUCUCCAAGUAUCCACUCCUCGUCAUCCUCCUCCCAACCUCCUUGUAAGCCAGGACAUGGGGACUCCAAAAGCCCAGCAGGAGCCUACAGUCAUGGACCUGGAGAUCAGCAUCACCCCUUGCACCACCACCAUCACCACGGCCACACCCACCAAGCAGAGAGCAGCAGUGCGGACCGACCCGACAGCCAGGCUGGUGGAGGCAGCAAAGAGUCCGGGGAAGCGACCAGCGACGCUGGGAAUGCUUCAUCAGAACCUCCUCGGAAGAUUCCAGAUGGAAAGGGACACAAGAAGUUACUCCAGCUCCUCACCUCACCGACCGAGGAGCUGGGACUCGGGGUUGGAAGUGGACCUCCUGGACCUCCCACAGGAGGUAACUUGGAAGGUAAGGAACCGGGAUGCGUGACGAGUCCGUCUUCCGUCUCUUCAUCCACCAAUCAGAGCCAGGUUCUUGGAGCGGCAGGAGGAGGACCCUCUGAAGCUCUGGGUUCUUCUCACUACACAGCGUCGCUCCAGAAAAAGCACAAGAUCCUCCACAAGCUGCUCCAGAAUGGAAACACACCUGACGAAGUUGCGAAAAUCACCGCUGAGGCAACGGGUAAGGCGGUGCUCGGACAAGAAGCUGGCGCCGCUGGAGGAGACGCGGGAGGCUCCAACGCAGGACCAGCAGGAGUCUCGGGAACGUCCGAACCCAAGCAGGAGCAACACAGCCCCAAGGAGAAGAAAACCAACGCCCUGCUCCAUUACCUUCUCAACAACAAGGACGACUCCAACUCCAAAGAGACCAGCGACAUCAAACCAAAGCCUGAAGAUCUGGAAGGGAAAGGCAUCACCGGGGGGAACAGUGGCACUCCGCUCAGCAGAGGAGCGCAGGAGAACAUGGAGGGCAAAAUCAAAUCAGAACCUCCUGACGAGCUGGACACCAUCCUCGGAGGCCUGAGGGGUUCUGGAGCAGAUUUCCCAGAGCAGGGGGAUGCAGGAGGUGCUCCUGAUGGAGGGAACAAGCCUCAUUCGUUUGCUGAUGACGGAAUGAUGAACAGGGGAAUGGGAAUGCCGGAGCGCUCACCCAUGGGCCCGGCUGGAGACUGGGGAAUGCCGCGGUCAACCGGCAGCCCCUCCAUCAUGCGUCCUGCCGUCGAGUCCUACAACUCCAAGGGAAUGAUGGGAGGAGGACCCAUGGUGAACAGGUCCAACAGCGUUCCCGGGACCAGGUCCAUGCUGCAGCAACAGCUGAUGGAUAUGGGCUCCGGUGAUCUGAGCAUGGCGAUGGGGCCGUUCAGCCAGCAGCACUGUCCAGACAGUCAGUCGCCGUCCUGGCCGGACAAUAUGAUGGGGAUGGACAACAGGCGUCAGUUUGGGAACGCUCUGGAUGAGUUGUUGGUUCCUCCGUCCACGUCUGAGGGUCAGAGUGAUGAGAGAGCUCUGUUAGAUCAGCUCGACUCUCUGCUCAACAACACCGAUGUUUUAGCUCUGGAGGAGAUCGACCGCGCCCUGGGCAUCCCUGACAUCAUCAGCCAGGGUCAGGGUGGAGAUCUGCAGCCCGAGCCCUUCCCCGCACAGGACCCGUCCAUGGUGAUGGAGCAGAAGCCCAUGUACCCGCAGGGUUACCCCGGACCCCCAUCCAUGCCCAUGCCCUCCGGUUACGGUGCCAGCCCCAUGCAGGGUGCGCCUCCCCCUGCGCCCUAUAGCCCCAUGCUCAACCAGAUGGGGCAGCAGGGUAACUACCCCGGGAUGGGCGGCAUGGGGCCGAUGGGGGGCAUGGGGCAUCCGCGCGCUGUCAUAAUGAGACCAAGGAUGAUGAGCGCCACCAAACCUACACGCUUGCAGCUGCAGCAGAGGCUACAGGGACAACAGUUUAUGAGCCAGGCUCGGCAGGGCAUGGGCAUAAAGAUGGAGAAUCCCGGUGGAGGUGGAGGCCCUGGCAUGAGGCCUGGCAUGCAGCCAGGGAUGGGAGGCCAGUCGGGCUUCCUGAACGCUCAGAUGAUGGCUCAGCGUAGCAGAGAGAUGCAGAUGCGGAGACACAAGAUGAUGAUGUUGAUGCAGCAGCAGGCAGCAGGUGGAGGUUUCAGUCCUCCGCCCAACGUCACGGCCCCCACGGGGAUGGAGGGCAUGGGGGGGCCGGGUAUGGGCCAGCCUGGACAGCAGCAGUUCAGCUAUGGAGGAAACUAUGGAAUGGGCCAGCAAGGUGAUCCGUCUUUCGCCCCCGCCGGAGGUCCCAGCCCACCCAACGCCAUGAUGCCAGGCCGCAUGGGGCCUCCUCAGAAUCCCAUGAUGCAGCAGCACCCGCAGGGCGGCCCCAUGUACCAGAGUCCCGACAUGAAGGGCUGGCCUCAGGGAGGAAUGUCACGCAACAGUUCGUAUCCACCACAAGCGUUUGCGCAGCAGGGCUCGGCCACGCCGUACGGCUCCAUGAUGAUGAACGGCGCUAACGCGGGUCACAUGGGUCAGAUGAACAUGGGCAUGAUGGGGAGGAUGCCGAUGGGCCCUGAUCAGAAAUAUUUAUGAAGAGGAUGGAGGGACAGCCGUCACCAUGGCGACACUGUGAAGCUAACAAAACAUGAUACACACCUGAAUGUUCAGACCUUGCGUGUGAAACUAAUUGUAACACAGUGUAAAUACACACACACACACACACACACACACACACACACACGUGUACUGGAUUCAUCUACGUCCUCUAUAUCUGUCUUUGUCCUGAGAGACUUUCUCUGUUUCUUCGUGAGCUUUCUUCAUUCUGUUUCUCAGUGAAACAUCAAAACUGAACAAACGAGCAGUUUAGAGGAACACGAAGACACACACACACACACACACACACACACACACAUCUUUGCGAAUGUAUAUCAUGCCGUGUUGACCAUCUGGAUGUAAGAUCACCUUCUGUCCUGUUAAAGGUACGAGAGAGAGAGAGAGGAAGAGAGAGAGGAAGAGAGAGAGGAAGCUGUGAUUGCACUUUAACGGAAAGUCAGAGCUGUUUCACGGCGUUAGGAGUGUUGCAAUAUAUUUUUUUCUCUCGCUCAUUUUAGCCUUAUCGGAGAAGCGACGCGCAGGAAACGGAGCUCCUCGCCGUCCUCCGUCGGAGCGGGACGAUUAUGAAAUCUGAAAGCAGCAAGCACAGACGAUCUGUUUUCUGCAGAUUGAAGCAAUAAAUCUCGUCUCGCUGGAUUCUUCGAUUUCUCGACGUGAAGGUUGCAGUAUUAGAAAUCUCGAGCUCACGUUCACAUUUCUCCUGUUUUUUCCCUCCUCUUCCGUCUUGUGAUUAUAAUUUGUAAAUACAGUGCACAUGUUUUAUAUCUGCUUUUGUAGCUCACAGGUUUUGCACAACAGGUUUCGUCAGGCUUCGUGUUUAAAUCGCGUCUGUUCCGCGUUACAGAUCGGUACGUCCGAUUGUUCCAGCAGGGUGCGGGGUUCUCUUUUUUUAAUCGUUAUUUCUUUAUUUUUAUUUUUAUUUUUAUUUUAUUUUAUUAAUUGUAAUCUCUUAACUGAAAAGCCACCACUUUUUUAUUCUUUGAACAAAAGCACUUUUUUUUUUUUUCUAGAACAUAUUUUCUUCCUCACACUCGUACAUGGUGAAACACGGACUGACGAAUCCUCUGACGAAUCCUCUGACGACUCCUCUGACGAAUCCUCUGACGACUCCUCUGACGAAUCCUCUGACGACUCCUCUGACGAAUCCUCUGACGAAUCCUCUGACGACUCCUCUGACGAAUCCUCUGACGACUCCUCUGACGGCUCCUCUGACGACUCCUCUGACGGCUCCUCUGACGAAUCCUCUGACGGCUCCUCUGACGAAUCCUCUGACGACUCCUCUGACGAAUCCUCUGACGAAUCCUCUGACGACUCCUCUGACGAAUCCUCUGACGAAUCCUCUGACGACUCCUCUGACGACUCCUCUGACGAAUC